AUGGAGCCGGCGGUCGAGCCGGUCGCCUUUUACUACACGGCGCAGGCCGGCGGCGGCGCCUCCGGCCCGUGCAGCAUCGCCCAGCUGCGGGUGCUGUGGCAAAGCGGCCACAUCUCGCGAGAGACGAUGCUCUGGCGCGAGAGCAUGCCCGCCUGGCUCAGGCUGGAGGAGCGCGGCGCGCUGACGGCGGAGCAGCUCGGCGUGCUGCUGCGCGGCGGCGACGUGGACGGGCUGACGCAGGCCCUCGCGGAGUGGGACGACUCGCAGCUGCCGGCGGGCGCGAGCGCGACCAUCGUCGUUCUCCUCGGCCUCUUCGACACCUCCGAGGCGGACGCCGCGGACGUGCAGCUCCCUGCUGCCCGGCUGGCGGACUGCGCGGACGCCGCCUUCUACUCGAACUUGCGCGAGGACGUGCGCGUCGAGUGCGGCAAGGCGGGCGCCAUCGAGAAGGUGACCAUCUUCGAGGGGUCAGAGCAGGGGGCCGCCGCCGUGAAGUGCGAGCUCUACGACGGCGUGACGGACUACCGCGCCAAGGCGCUCCGCGAGGCGGGCACUUGUUCACAGUUUGCCUGCUCCACUGCUUUCUUGCCUUCGAAGGCGCUCCGCGAGGCGGCGGCCGCGUCGAGCGGCGGUAAGUCGGGCGCCGACGUCGAGGCGCAGGAGGCGCAGCUGGAGAGCUUCGCGCAGUGGCUCGAGGCGGACAGCACCGACGACGAGAUCGACCCCGAGGCGGGAGGGGACUAG